CACCCCCUCUCUCUCUCCCUCUCCGCUGAAACCCUAGAAAUUCAUCUUCGAAAAUCUCUGAAUUUUCUCGUGCAGAAACCCAAGAGUUGUUUGCCACAAUCCCCAUUUGAAGUAAACCAAAUCCAAUUCUUCCGAAUUUGCCUAUAAACCCUAGAUCUGACUGUAAGUCACUUUUCAUAUCGAUCAGAGCAAACCCCUCCCAAUUCCAAGAUUGAAUUGGUUUCUGUAAAAUCUUGGAAUAUUAUAGAGAAACAGCAUUAAAAAAACUCUGCGUAUGGUGGCUAUGGGAAGGGUCUACAAGGAAACCUCAAAGUCGUUGUCCGAAUCAUCGCCAUCGCUUCCGGUGUCGACAUCGACGUCUACGACGGAUACAGUAAAUGGUUCGCAUGAGUUCAGGAUCAAUGGAUACUCGCUUUCGAAGGGAAUCGGGAUUGGGAAGUACACAGCGUCCGAGAUGUUCGUGGUCGGUGGGUAUGCGUGGGCGGUCUACUUCUAUCCGGAUGGGAAGAGCGUAGAGGACAAUGCGACGUAUGUUUCCCUCUUCAUUGCGCUUGCGAGUGAGGGUACGGAUGUGAGGGCUCUUUUUGAAUUGACGCUUAUGGACCAGAGUGGGAAAGGGAGGCAUAAGGUUCAUACCCAUUUUGGGAGGCCGUUGGAGAGCGGGCCAUACACUCUAAAAUACCGAGGAAGCAUGUGGGGUUACAAGCGGUUUUUCAAAAGAACUACUUUAGAGACAUCAGACUACCUGAAAGAUGAUUGCCUUAUUGUUAAUUGCACUGUUGGGGUCGUUAGGUCCCACACUGAGGGCCCUAAGAUUUAUAGUAUACCAGUACCGCCAUCCGACUUUGGUCAGCAUUUUGGACAGCUGCUGGAAAGUGGGAAGGGUACUGAUGUAGGUUUUGAAAUUGAUGGAGAAAUAUUUUCUGCUCACAAGUUGGUACUUGCUGCUCGCUCACCUGUAUUCAGGGCCCAAUUUUUUGGUCCAAUGAAGGAUCAAAAUUCCCACUGCAUAAUAGUUGAGGACAUGGAGGCUCCUGUUUUUAAGAACCAGAAAUAUGGUGCAGACGAUAGUAGUGACAUGAUGGGGAAAAAAUGGAGUUCUGCUGCUUUGCUGGUGGUUUUGGACAAUUCCAAAAUCUCCUAUUAUACUGGAUGCAAUCAUGUUAUUGAUGCAUGA